CAGAAAGACCAGGGUUGUUGCGUCGUCUUCGACUGCAGCCUUGCGUGACAACACCAAACCGGAUUCGUGUUUCUGGUAUAGACAUUUUUUCUUCUUCUCGAAGGGGACCAAUCUUAUAUUUACACAUUUCAUCGACCAGUGUAAAUGAACUGUUCUGUUUGAUGUUUUAACUUGGAUAAAAGUUCAGGAAAACCUUCUAAUGGAGGCUUGCUGGGCAAAAUGGCUGGGCUCUCUGAAAUGUGAAACGUACACGGGUCAGCAGUGGUAGCAGAAAUAACUGGCUACGAAAGGGCGUUUUUAUAAUUCCUUAUAACUCGCAGAAAUACCGUUUAUUUUCACCGCUGGGUACAAAACAGUUUUGUAUCCAUAUGCGUUGGGAUUGAAUUUUAUUGCGGAUACCUGCAUUUUUUUUGUCCGACAGUUCCGUGUUGUUUUUAUUUUCCUUCCCCCAAAACCCGAUUGCUGCUUGACUGAUUUGGCAUUGUUACUGCGGUCUGUUAUUGUCUCGUCGUCAGCUGUGGAUACUCUCACUGUUGGAUGGGAACUGACGAACAACAAUAUAUAUACGAAGCAACAGCCGACCGAACACAUUUCAGAAGUUUGCUUUGGUAAAUACCCUCUAAAUAAACCUGCAAUCAUGGGUGAAUUCCUGAAAUACAUCGACUACGAUCACAAGACCAGUUUCCUGAAGAUGUUGAACCAGCAGAGGAUGGAAGGGGACCACUGUGACGUUGUGGUUGUGGUGGAAAACGUUGAGUUCAGAGCUCAUCGCUGUGUCCUGGCCGCCUGCAGCAUCUACUUCAAGAAGCUGUUUAAAAAACAGAACGAUGUGGACAACUCCAUCGUGGAGCUCGACUUCAUCCGUUCAGACAUCUUCGAGGAGGUCCUCAAUUACAUGUACACCGCCAGGCUCGCCGUCCGCAAAAAGGACAUCAACCUCAUGAUGUCAUCCGGACAGGUCCUGGGGAUCACGUUCCUCGACAACCUGUGUUCACAGAAACGUGAGCCCAACAUGAAGCUGAGUCGUGAGAACCAGGCGCCAGGGGACGGUAUGAGAGCCCAGGACGCAAUCCUCAAAGAGCUGGCAAUGGAGGAGGUGAGGAAGAACAGCUUCUAUGAUGGAGGGAUGGAGGCCAUGGGCUCUGGAGGGCCUCACGGGGUCCCUCCUCACUUCGGCGGGAACAUGUCUAAAGACCCCCACAGCGCCCACGGCUGGACCUCCUCUUCCUCCUCCUCCAGCGAUAUGAAGCUUGACUACCUGCUGUACGGCCACCGCUCUGACGGCAUCCACCCGGGAAUGAAACCAGGCGGAGACGGCCCCAAGAAAGACAAGUCCCACCUGGCCCACCGUCCGUUCGCUUGCGAGGUGUGCCCCAAAACCUUUACCACCCAGGCCCACCUCAAAGAGCACCUGAAGAUCCACACGGGCUUUAAACCGCACCGCUGCCUGGUCUGUGGCAAGGCGUUCAUACGAGGGCCCGACUUAAAGCGGCACGAGAGGGUCCACAGCAACGAGAGACCCUUCGGAUGCCAGAUGUGUGAAAAGGCCUUCAAGCACAAGUCCCACCUGCGAGACCACGAGCGGCAGCACAGAGGAGAGAGGCCCUUCAACUGCGGCUCCUGUGAAAAGGCGUUCAUCAAAGCCUCUGACCUGAAGCGCCACUGGAACACGAUGCACAGCCAGCGCAGAACGCUGUCCCCCGCAGCCGCCGCCACCGCCGUCCCUGGCAGCAUCCAGGGAGACGCCGACACGCAGAGCCAGAGGGACUGGAAGCUAGAGGCUGGGCCACAUUCGUAAGGACGGACUGUUACACAGACACACACACACACCAUGCGUAUAUAGUGACAGACACACACACACGUACAUGCACUAACACUCAUGAAUACACAUGUGCACACACACACAAGCACCCAUAAACACAUGAAUACUGGCCCUGUGAUAUGUACUGAGGUGUAACAAUGGGAAGAUGGUGGGAUCAUACAGUGUCCAUUACUGUAAUGACAUAAUGGGCAUGUAGUAAAUAGGAUCCUAUUGAAUUGUAUUUUAUUGAAUCGUUUAGGUUUUAUUUUUUUCCCCACUUCAUGUAGAAAAAAAAAUAAUAAUAAUGUUUAGGCUACUAUCUACUACGACAACUAUUAAUGUAUAUUUUUCACAUUUAAAAGAAAAAAAGAAAAAAAAAGACUGUUGUUAUUUAGACAGACAGGGUUCUUCUUAUUCUAACUAUUUAUUUUACUUUAUUGAAUAUCAGUAACAUUUAAGUGUUUUUUUGUUGUUGUUUAACCUUACUGUAUUUUAAGACAACAACAACAACAACAAAUGGUGAUUCUCUGCAUAACAUUUAGUUGUGUAUUAUCUUUUUACAUGUGGCUGUUUUUAUUGUAAUGAUUGGUUGAUAUGACACUGUAGGAGUCACCAUUCUGCUUUUGAUUACAUACAGGUUAUACCAAAGUCUUGGGCCUUCGAUAGACAGCCGGGUAACAGGUUAAUACCAUGUCGGUUCUGGAAAUAAACCAACAUUCCAAGUCAAAUUUUCCAUCCUCAUUUGGGGGGAAAAUUGGGAAUUAUUGGAAUUUUCAGUUUGCUUGCGGAAUUGGAAUGGAUUUGACCCCUAACCUUUGACAAGCAGUCUGAAGGGGGCUGUUCAUUGUCUGUUCAGCCCAAGCAGCAUGAGUCCGACCAGAUUUACUGUUAUACAGUAUCACUAGCCUGUCAUCAGAGAGAGAUACCACAUCUGUAUCAGUAGCCUGUCAUCAGAGAGAGAUACCACAUCUGUAUCACUAGCCUGUCAUCAGAGAGAGAUACCACAUCUGUAUCACUAGCCUGUCAUCAGAGAGAGAUACCACAUCUGUAUCAGUAGCCUGUCAUCAGAGAGAGAUACCACAUCUGUAUCAGUAGCCUGUCAUCAGAGAGAGAUACCACAUCUGUAUCAGUAGCCUGUCAUCAGAGAGAGAUACCACAUCUGUAUCAGUAGCCUGUCAUCAGAGAGAGAUACCACAUCUGUAUCAGUAGCCUGUCAUCAGAGAGAGAUACCACAUCUGUAUCAGUAGCCUGUCAUCAUAGAGAGAUACCACAUCUGUAUCAGUAGCCUGUCAUCAGAGAGAGAUACCACAUCUGUAUCAGAAGCCUGUCAUCAGAGAGAGAUACCACAUCUGUAUCAGUAGCCUGUCAUCAGAGAGAGAUACCACAUCUGUAUCAGUAGCCUGUCAUCAGAGAGAGAUACCACAUCUGUAUCAGUAGCCUGUCAUCAGCGAGAGAUACCACAUCUGUAUCAGUAGCCUGUCAUCAGAGAGAGAUACCACAUCUGUAUCAGUAGCCUGUCAUCAUAGAGAGAUACCACAUCUGUAUCAGUAGCCUGUCAUCAGAGAGAGAUACCACAUCUGUAUCAGUAGCCUGUCAUCAGAGAGAGAUACCACAUCUGUAUCACUAGCCUGUCAUCAGAGAGAGAUACCACAUCUGUAUCACUAGCCUGUCAUCAGAGAGAGAUACCACAUCUGUAUCAGUAGCCUGUCAUCAGAGAGAGAUACCACAUCUGUAUCAGUAGCCUGUCAUCAGUGAGAGAUACCACAUCUGUAUCAGUAGCCUGUCAUCAGAGAGAGAUACCACAUCGGUAUCACUAGCCUGUCAUCAGAGAGAGAUACCACAUCUGUAUCAGUAGCCUGUCAUCAGAGAGAGAUACCACAUCUGUAUCAGUAGCCUGUCAUCAGAGAGAGAUACCACAUCUGUAUCAGUAGCCUGUCAUCAGAGAGAGAUACCACAUCUGUAUCAGUAGCCUGUCAUCGGAGAGAGAUACCACAUCUGUAUCACUAACCUGUCAUCAGAGAGAGAUACCACAUCGGUAUCAGAGAGCGAUCGAUACACCACGUCUGUAUAUACUGUAGCUUGACUAGUUGCACAAUUAAAAUAUUUAGGACACACAAUUAUGAUAUAUGCACAUAUAAACGUUGUUCUCUUACACUUUGAAAAUAAACCAACAGUUGAUGAAUAGAUAUUUUUUUGGGGGGGGGGGCAUUGUUAUGAUCUGAUUUAUUCUGUUUGUACGUGUAUUUUUAUAAGGGCGUUACUUAGUAUAUGGUAAUAGUUAAGACUGUAACCCAGAACUCAGUAACAAUGUAUAUUUAUGUCAAUACACAUACAUACUAUAGCA